UUCCAACAUAGGGUACCGGACUAGGGUGGAACUGUAGUUUGUGGCUCAUGUUUCGACCGGAAACAUUUUGUCGAAGGACGAACAUGAUUCGGACCUGCGGACAUCAGGUGGUUCGAUGGAGUUUAAGGUUGUCUCCUGGUUUUGCCCUGAAGUCUGCUACUCUUGUCGAGCAGAAUGCACGGCAGCUGGCAUAUUCCUGUCGAAUGUGCUCUCACACUCAAGAGUCUCAAACCUCAAGAGCGUCUGCACAGCGACAUGGAAGUGAGCUGUCAUUACGAACUCUGCUUGAUAUGGGCUUCACAGAUACUCAGGCUGAGCUGGUGUACGAAGGCGCCAUCAAAACCCUGGGAAAACGGUCUGUUACGCAUGACACCUCUACAAUCACGGCCCUUUUCGCACUGGGUCUGAAUUCCUCCAGCAUCGUCAAGAUCUUUGAUAAAUGUCCAGUUUUGUACACAGUAAGGGGAGCAGUUGUGCAACAACGAAUUCAGAAUUUGUGGAAACUUGGAGUUGUUGAUGGCACUAUUCAGAGAGUGAUAAGCUACUAUCCACACAUCCUCCUCAUGCCUGCCAAGAGAGUGAAUGCGGCGGUCGAGUUUAUCCGAACGAAAUGUCUUUUCACCGCCCAACAAAUGCGAGACAUCCUUCGAGAUACUCCAGAGGUAGUAGAGGAGGACCUCAAUGAACUUGAGCAUAAAUUUCAGUAUGCCUACUUCCGUAUGGGGGUGAAGCAAGCAGAGAUGGUGAAGGCCAAGCUGUUCAAGGUGAGCAUGGAGGAGCUGCGCUGUAGGCACUGCUUCCUGGAGCGCAGGGGCUUCUACCAGACACCCGAUAAGAAGGGCCAGACGCUCAUCAUCAACCCCAAACUGAAGGAUAUCCUCUCGGCCACCGAGGACGUCUAUCUGGCCCAGUUCGCCAAGGCGACUAAAGAGGAGCUGGACGUUUUCCGCAAGCUAGUCACACGAGAAGACGAGGAGAAAAGCAAUAUGCCGGAGAAUUGGGAUAUCGAGGAAGACGAGGAGGAGACAGAGGAGGACAUGACUGACUUCAAGAGGGGAAACAUGGGACAUUUGGGAUAUGUAAAGAGCAGGAGAAAAAGAUGAGCCACUGGAGAAAAUGUAUUAUAUGGUGUUUUCAGUACUAAAGGACAACCCUGCUAUUGUCAGGACUGUUUAGUUUCGUAAAUAAAAUCCACUCCUCUGUUGCUAAAA